ACACGAUGAGCAGAAACUAAGUUUUAUGUGAUAGACCAACACAAAGCGAUGCAUAAAUUUGGAGAUGGGUGGAAAAGGAUGGAUGGUUUUUAUUUUAGUUCUACAAACUUUGCUCAUCUAGAGACUGAAAUUUUGGCUCAAUUUUUAUUUUUUUUCUUAAGCUCAGUCAGAAUAGAUGGGAUCUGUAAACAUAAAGUCUCAGCACAAAUUCUUGAAUGUAUUUAGAUGUUGAUUCAAACCAUUUCAUUGUAGCUCUGCCUGUAUUUAGUGUCAUUCUGCUGAAAACUUCCAGUAUUUACCUCCAUCCAUGUUCCCAUCUGCUCUGACUAGCUUCUCCAUCUCUGCUGAGGAAACAUCCCUCAGCAUGAUGCUGCUACCAUCAUGUUUCACCAUGGGGAGGGUGUGUUUUCCGCCACAUUCAGCUUUUUACAUUCACAAGUAUCCACUGCUUUGUGGUUAUGAAUACUCUCAAGAUACUGUUCCUGUGUACUUAGCAGUAUUUGAGUAUAUAUUUACCAGAUUUCUGCAUGGGUAUGUGUCUUUUGUGUUAAAAAAACGCAAACUUCAGCAGACAAACAAGGCAUUACAGCUUUGUGCAAGAAUGCUGUAUGUUAAGCACAUUAAGUAGUGAACAUGCUGAGACUAGUGGGAAGUUUUGAUAGAUAUCCUGUUGCAGAGCUGCUAGAAAAGCAGCUGUCCUUUAAACUCAAAUAACCACUUUUAAGAACUACCCGUGUUUUAAAAACCUGAAAAACAUCUUUCUAAAUAUAUGUUUAUGGCUGUGAUCUGUGGUUCCUUUUACAGCUUUUUUUUUUUCUGCUGAGGCACUCUUUCAGUAGGCAACAUUUUCUCCAUGGUUGUAGUUGGUCCCAGCAGGUGAUGGUUUCCUUCCAGACCUAAUGGGGAGUUUCCAUUUGAAGUCUUGUUCUUAAUGGCCUCAGUCCAGAGGCUUUUUAUUCCUAAUUGGUGCCCAAGGGCUUCACUUUAAACAAUAUUUUUUUUUAAAAGAGAAGGAGGAGACAAGAUUUUGGUUUGGAAGUUGGGGGAAAUCCAAUUGGACAGAGGAUUAAGUUACUGGAGGACAGAGAGGUUUGAUAUUUAGCCCACUCAGUCCUGUUGGUCCAGUGAAGACAGCCUCCUUGGCCUGUUUUCUGGGCUGCAGUUUCAAUAUGGUGUCUUCAUCGUGUUUGCUGGGGCCGCUAUGCUGUCUCUUUUUCCUCUCAGGCCUGUUGGAUGCCAAAUCUUUGCUCAGUGCCAUCAAACAGGAAGAGAUGGUGCCUUUGAGCGAUGUGAGCAUCCACUCGGAGAAAGCCAACGACUUCCUGUCUCACUCGAGGCCGAAGCGUAAUGCGGACCCCAGGUGGUACAGAAGAAACCCGGACUUUCAGGCGUACUACAGAUACUACAGCAGCAUCGGACACACUGAGGGGCUCUAUGAGAUCGACAAGCUCCGGAUGCUCUACCAGCAGAUGAGGUACCUCGAGCAUGCCUAUGGCCCAAACGCCUCUUAUUUCCAGAGCAAACUGGGUGUGCCGAUGAUCAUGUGCGACCCAGUCACAGACAAGAGGUGCAAAUACGCUCCUCCUCCACCGCCUCCGAUGAAAGGAGUCCCAAAGCCCACAGAUAUUCCGUUGACCCCACCUCCUCUUCCUCCUGCUCCAGCCAUUUCCCAGGCGGAUGUGCUUUUCCUGUGCAACAGCAAGGACCCCCUCUGCAAGCCGCACAUUGUCUACUUGCCCACUGGUGCCGUUCCAGUACUCUGCGACCCUCGUUACCACCCCCACUGUACUCCCCAGAAAGCCCCUCCACCCCCUAUGGUGGUUCCUAAGCAACCUCAUCCAAAGAAGUUGCCCCUGUCUCCACCGGUUUUGGUCAAAAAGUCUCCUCCUCCGGCCCCCAUCCGCAUCUUCAAGGGUAUGGAGUAUGACUGUGACCCCUACUGGGACCCCGACUGCCUGAUUGACAAUCCUCCAAGACCUAUCAAGGGGAAAGUUGUGGGGCCCCCACCACCACCUCCUCCACCUGAGGAGGAAGAAGCAGAGGAGGAACCUGUAGAGGAGCCAGCACCUCCUCCUCACAAAGAGAAGAAACUGAACUUCUACCCUUAUCCUUACUACCAUCCCCACUCUUAUGACCCCAGGGAUGACCUAUAUGACCAGGCCCGGUUCCGGUACCCUCAGCCAGCUGAUGCUGCCGACGAGCCUGCUGAGGAGGGCAAGUGAGGGGUUCUCAAAGAGCCUGAGAAAUGAUGUCUGUUUCCAUGGACUUUGACUGAAACGUUCAUCUACCGUCAAAGAAAUGUGCAAAAAACCAAAUGAUGUGUUGCUGUGAUUAAAAAGACGUCUAAUUGUAUUUAUAAUCACUUUCACAAUGUAAAAAAGCUGUUUUCAGCCAAUGUCUUAGUAAUGAGGCAAUAAAACGAGAUAUUUGGUUAUCAGA